AACACAAGAUGGCGCCGUUGCCUUGUAUUGUGUCUCCCGUUUCCGUGUGACCCGGUACUAAACCCGCGCGAGCCGAAUCCACUUCCUCUUUCGCUCCUGCGCUACGAGGGCAGCCAUGGUGAACGUGCCGAAAACUCGCAGGACUUACUGCAAGAAGUGCAAGAAGCACCAGCCUCACAAAGUCACCCAGUAUAAGAAGGGAAAGGACUCCCUGUAUGCCCAGGGUAAGAGGCGGUACGAUAGAAAGCAGAGCGGCUACGGAGGCCAGACGAAGCCUAUAUUCAGGAAAAAGGCCAAAACCACAAAGAAGAUCGUGCUGAGGCUGGAGUGCGUGGAGCCCAACUGCCGCUCCAAGAGGAUGCUGGCUAUUAAGAGGUGCAAACACUUUGAACUGGGAGGUGACAAGAAGAGAAAGGGCCAGGUCAUCCAGUUCUAAGCUGGACCAUGGACUUUCUUUUGUGGUUGUUCAUCUGUCAAUAAAAGUUGUAUACAAAAAACCCGA